CCAACCCCAUAAUUUUUACAAGGGGGGAGAGGGGUAAAAAUGUGACUAUAUAACACCACCUUCGUCUCCCUCCUUUUUACACUCACACCAGAGAGAAACUCACACACAGAAAAUCUCCCAUUUUCUGUGUUUUUUCUUCUUCUUCUUCCUUUUCUUCCUCUGCCUUCCUUUUUCCGUUCUGGUGCUCUGUUUCGAGAGAUCCUCUGUUUCCCCUUCUUCACAUUGGUAAAGAAGGAAACAGAGGCACGAGAGACAGGCCAGAGGACAGAUUCCGAGAAAGAGGAAAAAAGGGAAAGCUGCCCUGCACUUUUCCCUCUUCCUUUCUGGUUUCUCGCUGUCAUUUUUUGGGAGGGGAAGAAACAGGGUUCCGAGGCUUCGAUUGAAGUCUUACCAUAUCUCGUCUCGUCAUUUCCAUGCGCGGAGACAGAGUGUAAAAAUAAAAGUAAAAAGUAAAAAAGAAAGGAGAAGAAGAAGAAAUGGCACAAGAUUCGCAGAGAAUCGUGAUACCAGAGGCGCUGCAGCUGUCCAGAGAUGACAUUGGGGUUCAAUUCGCGCUGAUGUGGGAGUUCAUCAAGGCUCCGUUGAUUGUCCCCUUGCUGCAGCUCGGCGUCGUGAUUUGCCUAAUCAUGUCCCUGAUGCUCUUCUGCGAGAGGGUCUACAUGGGCAUCGUUAUCGUCCUCGUCAAGCUCUUCUGGAAGAAGCCUGAAGAGCGUUACAAUUGGGAGGCACUGGAGGAAGAUAUGGAGUCCGGUAGCUCCAACUUCCCCGCCGUUCUCAUCCAAAUCCCCAUGUUCAACGAACGCGAGGUUUACAAGCUCUCCAUUGGAGCUGCAUCGAAUCUAUCUUGGCCAGCGGAUCGUCUGGUGAUCCAAGUCCUCGAUGACUCGACGGACCCUGAAAUCAAGCAAAUGGUGGAAUUGGAAUGCCAGAGGUGGGCAAGCAAAGGGGUAAACAUCCGGUACCAAAUCCGGGAGACCCGCGGCGGGUACAAAGCCGGAGCGCUCAAGGAAGGCCUGAAACGGGGCUACGCAAAGCACUGCGACUACGUCGCCAUCUUCGACGCCGAUUUCCAGCCGGAGCCGGAUUACCUCCGCCGCGCCAUUCCCUUCCUCGUCAACAACCCGGAGAUCGCCCUCGUCCAAGGCCGCUGGCGAUUCGUGAAUUCCAACGAGUGUCUGCUGACAAGGAUGCAAGAGAUGUCGUUGGACUAUCAUUUCACCGUGGAGCAGGAAGUCGGGUCAGCCACCCAUGCCUUCUUCGGUUUCAAUGGGACGGCGGGAGUAUGGAGAAUAGCAGCCAUUGAUGACGCGGGUGGUUGGAAAGACAGAACCACCGUGGAAGAUAUGGAUCUCGCUGUCAGGGCCAGCCUCCGCGGCUGGAAGUUUGUCUACCUCGGAGACCUUCAGGUAAAAAGCGAGCUUCCCAGCACAUUCAAGGCCUUCAGGUUCCAACAACACAGGUGGUCCUGCGGUCCCGCCAACCUGUUCAGGAAAAUGGUGAUGGAGAUCGUCAGAAACCAGAAAGUCCGGUUCUGGAAGAAGGUCUAUGUCAUCUACAGCUUCUUCUUCGUCCGGAAGAUCAUAGCCCACAUGGUGACAUUCAUCUUCUACUGCGUCGUGCUUCCCCUGACGAUCCUGGUGCCCGAGGUUCAGGUGCCCAUCUGGGGAGCGGUCUACAUUCCUUCGAUCAUCACGAUCCUGAACUCGGUGGGGACCCCGAGGUCGAUUCACCUGCUGUUCUACUGGAUCCUGUUCGAGAAUGUCAUGUCGUUGCAUCGCACCAAGGCGACUUUGAUCGGGCUGUUGGGAGCUGGGAGGGCCAACGAGUGGGUUGUGACGGAGAAGCUUGGGAAUACCCUGCAGAAAGUUGCUGAUGCUGCUAAGAACAAGACUUCUGCUGCUAAGGCUAUCAAACGACACCGCUUCAAGUUUGCUGAGAGGUAAUUAGUGGCUUUGAAUUUGGAAUCACUUCAUUGAAUUCUGUUUUGGCCAAUCUGCCUUCUCUAGACUAGAUAGUUGGACACAAUCAUAUCCCAGCUAGGAUGAUGGUUGACCACCAAAUCCAACUCUCUUCCAAUUUUCCAAAUAUGAUUUUAUAGUUAGAAUGAUAGAAUCUUUGCAGUGUGUUGGAAACUACUCAUGACUUCAGAGAGUCAUAUAUGGAAUAGAUAAAGGGUUAGGUUUAUUGUCUGGUUGACCUGUUUCUGGGGUUCAGUAUAGUUAGUAGAGAUGAUGAAGUGGGCUUCUCUGCCAUUCACCUAAACCCUUUUGGCUGCUGUGGUAACGACAUUUGGAUAGGAGACCUUUCGGUUUAGCAUUAUGGUUCUGAUUUCUGGUUGUGUUUGUUUGGGGGACAGGUUGAACAAGACAGAGCUGGGGUUUGCAUUGUUCCUGUUCGUCUGUGGCUGCUAUGACUAUGUUCAUGGGAAGAACAACUACUUCGUAUACCUAUUCCUUCAGACCAUCACCUUCUUCAUUGCUGGAGUUGGCUACAUUGGCACCAUCAUAUAAGCAGACUGGCUGAUCAUUAGAGAGUGAUCACCAGAAGAAGGAAGAAGCCAAAAGAACUGUGGUUCGAGGGGCGCAAGCCUAUCAUUGUUCAUGAUGCUCUCUGCAUUUUGUUUGUUUGUUGUUCAGGAGUGAAGGGAUACAUGCCCUUGAGAGCAUUUCAGAUUGCAGACAGCCUGCUGGUUUUUGUUUUUGUUUUUGGGUUUUAGAUUGUUCUAAGUGGCUCCAUUGUUACAUGUGAUCUCUAUUCACAGAGAAAUUUCAAAUUGGGAGUGUAAAAAAAGUCAUUACUAGCUGAACCUAGAAGGUUAAGACCAUAGAUAGUUGCUGUUUUUACCAUAAAGAGAGGGUGGACAGAAAGGGAAGCAUGCUACCAGAAGGAGAAGAAGAAGAAGAAGAACAACAGCAUCUUUUCUUAUAUAUAGUAUAUUGUAUGGUCAUUGAGGAGAGGGUCUUUCUUCUGGCCUUCCCCUUCCCCUCUUUUUUGUAAUAGAUUGUUUUUUAGAUUCUUCUUUCUUCCUUUAGGCUUGUUUGUUGCAGAUGCUGGAAAUAAACAGCCUUGAAGAAAUUUGAUGCCAUUCUUAUAUCUCAAAAGAAAGAUUAAAUCUUCAUUGUUCAAGCAGAAUCCUGCAUGCCUGAUAUUCCCUUUUCCUGAUACUCUCAGUUAGUACAAUGGGG